CAUUUAAUGCAUUUUCUAUACAAACCCUUAUGAAGAGGAUCUUAGAAACGAAGCCAAUCUAUCCCAAAAAUCUGGAUAAAGACACCACUCGUCUAAUACAAAAACUCUUGAGGAAAGAUCCACACAAGCGACUAGGAAGUAAACGUGAUGCAGAGGAGCUAAAGGAAAGUCCAUUCUUUAAGGAACUGGACUUUGAUGCCCUUUCUAAAAAACACAUAAGGGCCCCGAUCAUUCCCCAAGAGAAAACACCAGGAUGUUGCUGUGGUUAUUUGUGUCCAAGAGAGAUUGUGUUGUCAGAACCAGAAUACAGACCAAAUUACAACCUUGUAGAAAAGGAACUGGAAAACUUCCAUCGUCCUGCACUUUUACAAGAAAUAGACUGAAUAAGACUGAGAAGACCAAAUGAGCAGGGCCAAACAAUUUCAUUACAACAAUGGCAAAGGGCACUGAUGGGACAAAGAUCAUAUCCACUAGCCAAGGUAAAAUCAAACCUGAUUGGCCGGAUAUUGAUAGUGGAGGCCCAUCUCAACACCCCAUAUGGGCAGAUAAGUUUCCAAAUCAGUCUAAAGAAAGAAAAGAUCAUAAAGGUAAAGAAAGAAAAAGAAAAGAUAGAUCAUAAAGGUAAAGAAAGAAAAAGAAAAGAUAGAUCAUAAAGGCAAAGAGUAGAACUUUGAUGUGUUCAAGAUCAGCCUAGAAGAAGACCUUAGAAGGAGACCAGACCUAGAAGACAGACUUGGACAUAGGAAGAGAAAGAUCAAACUAAUAUGACUUGAUAUAAUCCCCAACAGUGUAUUUGUUUAUGAAACCCUCCCUAAUCCCCCCUCAGCCUACUGUUACCUCUAAUGAUUGGCACCAUCACUGCCCAGUUGCCUCUCAAACAGUCGGCUGUGGGGGGGUUGGUGCAAUAAAUCAGUAGGUUCUCCAGCCUAUUGAUUCAUUGCAAUGACCCCCAAACCCAGUCCAAUGCCAGGCCAUAGAGCCAAAGCAACUGGGCAACAGUCAAACUCCUGCUGG